AUGAAUGUAAAUUCGCUUGUUGAAGCACCGGAAGAGAAAACCGUCGAUCGCGAAAAGGUAUGCCCUCUCCUUUUACGAAUAUUUUGUGCGAAUGGUCGUCAUAACCCAUUAUCGGAAUAUGGGCGAGGAAGCACACCAGCCAAUGAACUGCAAAUUUAUACAUGGAUGGACUGCACACUUCGUGAACUAAUGUCAUUGAUCAAAGAAGUAAAUCCAGAUGCGCGACGAAGAGGGACAGUUUUCGAUUUUGCUAUAGUAGCACCUGAUCGUUUUACUCCUCGGUAUAAUAUGAGAGAUAUUGGUAAUACCAUGAACGGACAACGUGGAGUUGAUGAUAACAAAACACUUGCUAACUGCAAAUUUGAAAUUGGUGACUUUGUUGAUGUGGCUAUUACAUUACCUGGAUUGCCUGGUGGACCACUAAUGCGACGUGGGUUACCUAUACGAGACCGAUCUCCUAUCCGAAGACGUUAUUAA